AUGACUGCUUCUAAACUUCGUCCCGAUCAGCCUCUUCACCAGAGAAACCCUUGUGGUGGUUUGCCCUCUAAGUUUCGAGAUACCAUACCAUCAGAACAGUUUCCCGCGGAGAAAGAUCGAUACGUAUUAUACGUCAAUAUGGUCUGUCCGUGGGCGCAUCGAGCGGUUAUUGUGCGGGCUUUGAAGGGCUUAGAGGGCAUCAUACAGAUUGUUGAGGUCGACGCAAGAGAUACAAUCCAUGGCUGGUACUUCUCCGGUCAACGUGGACCAGAAUGUGAUCCAACGUAUGGCUUCAGAUGGCUCAAAGAGCUUUAUUUGAAGGCAGAUCCAAGCUACACAGGGAGGGUUACCAUACCUAUGUUAUGGGAUAGGCAACGUGGUACCAUUGUGAACAACGAGAGCGGAGACAUUAUGCGUAUACUGAUCAACGCAUUCGAUAAACUCCUGCCAUCUGAGAUGCGCGAGGCCAACAAAGGGCCUGCCGCCCUUGUCCCCGAGCAUUUGCAAAGCGAAAUCGACGAGCUCAAUUCGUGGGUCUACAAUACAGUCAACAACGGUGUCUACAAGAUAGGGUUUGCUACAUCACAGGCCAUGUACGACGAGCACAUUCAUAAGCUCUUCCAGUCACUAGAUCGAUUAGAGGAUCAUCUCUCAGAGGCUAAACACCAGCCCUAUUUGUUUGGAAAAUACAUCACUGAAGCUGACAUUCGCCUCUACACUACUCUCAUCCGAUUUGACGUCGCGUAUUACCCACUGUUCAAGUGCAACAUCAAAAUGAUUCGCUUGGAUUACCCGCGACUACACACUUGGUUGAGACGUCUUUACUGGCAUGAGGGCCCAGAGACAGCUUAUGGAGCGUUCAAGAAAAGCACUCGCUUUGAUGUGAUCAAGCAUGGUUAUGCCGCCGUAACAGUGGGUAAUGGGGUGGUUCCUGCCGGACCUGUGCCGCCUAUCAUGCCACUGUGA